GCUAUGGAAAGAUGUGAUCAGAGCCGUCGAAAGAAGGCUUUUCCUGGCUGCACUAUUCCGUAGUAAAACAACUUAAAAUUUGCGGAGUAUCCAGCCUUUUGUUUUGAAAACAUUUCUUUAUACUGAAUCUGAAGAGUUUGUGAGUUUAAAAUGCUCCGGUUGUAGAGCACGUACGGUUUUCUCGGCGGUUUUACCUCGAGGUCCACGAUGUCCAAGCGCCGUGCGUCAGAGAGGGGAGCAGGGGAAUCGUCCGGCCGGGCCAGCAAGCUACUGUGCACGGGCAUAGCAGGCAGCAACGCCAAGCGAGCCGGCCCGUUUGUACUGGGACCGCGACUGGGGAACUCACCAGUGCCCAGCAUAGUCCAGUGUUUGGCCAGGAAGGACGGAACAGAUGACUUCUAUCAGCUCAAAAUCCUGACGCUGGAGGAGCGUGUGGACGGGGCAGGGGAGACGCAGGAGGAGCGGCAGGGCAAGAUGCUGCUGCACACCGAGUACUCGCUGCUGUCCCUGCUGCACAACCAGGACGGAGUGGUGCACCAUCACGGCCUGUUCCAGGACCGUGCGUACGAGAUGGUGGAGGAGGGCACCGUUGGCAGCGGCGGUGGCGAGGCGAGCCGCGUGCGGCGCAUGAAGAAGCGCAUCUGCCUGGUGCUGGACUGCCUGUGCGCGCACGACUUCAGCGACAAGACGGCCGAGCUCAUCAACCUGCAGCACUACGUCAUCAAGGAGAAGCGGCUGAGCGAGCGCGAGGCCAUCGUCAUCUUCUACGACGUGGUGCGCGUGGUGGAGGCCCUGCACAAGAAGAACAUUGUGCACCGUGACCUGAAGCUGGGCAACAUGGUGCUGAACAAGAGGACUCAUCGGAUCACCAUCACCAACUUUUGUCUGGGCAAGCAUCUGGUGAGCGAGGAGGACCUGCUGAAGGACCAGAGAGGCAGCCCUGCCUACAUCAGUCCUGACGUGCUGAGCGGCCGGCCGUACCGUGGGAAGCCCAGUGAUCUGUGGGCCCUGGGCGUAGUGCUGUUCACCAUGCUGUAUGGCCAGUUCCCCUUCUACGACAGCAUACCUCAGGAGCUCUUCCGCAAGAUCAAGGCUGCAGAGUACUCCAUUCCAGAGGAUGGCCGUGUGUCUGAGAGUACGGUGUGUCUGAUCCGUAAGCUGCUGGUGCUGGACCCCCAGCAGAGGCUGACGGCGUCCGAGGUGCUGGAGUCGCUCAGCACCAUCAUCGCCUCCUGGCAAUCGGUGUCUGCGCUGAGCGGACCUCUGCAGGUGGUGCCGGAUAUUGACGACCAGGUGAACCACCCGGAGCAUUUGCAGGAGGUGAGCGCCCUGGGACAGGCGAAGGUGACGGAGGAGUCGUCGCAGUACGAGUUUGAGAACUACAUGCGGCAGCAGCUGCUGCUGGCCGAGGAGAAGAACACUAUCCACGAGGCCAAGAGCUUCCUGAGCCAGCGGCAGUUCGGCAGCGUGCCGCCCGUGCGACGCCUGGGCCAGGACGCCCAGCCCGUCAGCCCCCUGGACGCCGCCCUGCUGGCCCAGCGCUACCUGCGCAAGUAGCCCCUGCCACACUGCCCCCUGCCCUCUGCCCUCUGCCCUCGCCCUCGCCCUCCCCAACUCCUCUCCUCUCCUCCUGGUCUGCUCUCCUGGGAAGAUGGAGGAGGUGGGCAACAGGGGGGAGGGUCGGGUUGGGUUGGAUCAUGGGUGAAUGGGCUGCUGUUAAGUGGCCAGGGGGCUCCAGAGAACUACACAUGCCAUUGGCUUUCAAAAGCAGCCCUUGCCCUGAGAGAAGGUGGGGAGGGGAAGAGGAAGAGGAAGAGGAAGAGGAAGAGAAGGAGAGCGAAAUGGAGGAGACCCGGCGUGGCUUGCGGUGUCGAGAGGAGGGAAGGGACUUGUUGAAAGAUCCCUCCGGCACGACAGCCGCAAUGUCCUCCCUACUUCACAGCUUCCUCAUCUCUCCUCUCCUCUCCUCUCCAUGCUCUUUACUGAGCAAAGCAGGUCUGGGCUCUGUCCUCAGUAGUAGGCCUUUCAUCAUGGAUGGUUACCAAGCCCACCCCACCCCACCCUCGAUCUGUGAACUCUUUCAGCAAUACAGGAAUGGAAUCAUGUAGCAGCCCUCCCACCCUCAUCUUCCGCCUUGUCCCCCCCGCCCAGCACUUUUCCACAGAAUCGCCUCGGACCCUGAGUUCACUUGACCAUGGACGUGACACCUUCUCACUAGACUUCACACACACACGCACACACACACAUAUACACACACACACUCACUCACUCACUCACUCUCAUUCUAUCUCUCUCUCCAUCUCUCUCUCUCUCUCUCCUUCUCUCUCUCCCCUCUCUCAUUCUCUCUCUCUCUCUCUCUCUCUCUCUCUCAUUCUCUCUCAUUCUCUCUCCUUUUAACCAAAACCAGUUGGCCUGUGUCGGGCCGGUCCGGUAUGUAUCCGUGACGACCGACGCAGGUCCUCUCCUCAUCUGCACACACUCGGACUGUUCCGACCCGUAUCUACAACGGUGAAUCUACCUCUAGCAUCUUCUUUUGUCUUCUCUGUUUUGUCUUGUUGUGUUAAGUAUUUACUGCUCAGUGAGUCUCAGCUGUGGAGAUGGCUCAAGCACAGGAAAAGAGCAUUAUUGUCAUUAUUGGUGCGUAAUUGUUGUCAAAAAGAAAUGACAGCCUUUUGAAUAAGCUCUCCUCCCCCCUCCUCUGAUAAAGUAGCAGUUUUUUUGUAGAUCUCUAUGAUUUGAGAAUGGUGAAAGACCAUUUGGGUGGUUAAGUCCAAAUUGAUAUUGUAUGGCAGGAAUGCCCUAACCCAUUCUCAAACACUCCUAGAAUCACAAGGAAGUUCAGAUGUUUGGAGGUGUAAUUUCCCCUCUCUGAGUGGAUGUCUCUCAAAUCGAAUCUUUUGCAGUGUUUCUCCGGCUGCCUCGAGUCUUCUGAAGAUGCUCAAAUCUUCCUCCAGAGUCAUGUAUUUUGAAUAUAUGAUUUAAAAAAAAAGAAAAAUAAUUGAAGACUUGGAAUCGGAGCAUAAAAUGGAUAAAGAAAAACCAAUGAAGAACUGAACCAGAUAAUUUUCCAGAUGAGGCGUACUAGCUCCCAAAAACAAACAUAACCACUCUUCACACUUAUUGUUUGGUUUUUUUUUACUUUUAAAAAGGUUUAUGUGGAGGGCAACCCUGCCACUCGUCAGAUGCCAAAAGUGGCUUCAGUGCUGUCUGUGGCAAGUGAUUUGGCUCUCUUUAAGCUUCUUGCAUCUCAAUCAUGUAUCUUGAAACUUACCAUAAAUUUCCAGACUCCUGUCCAGAAGAAUAUUUGAGACUAUUCCUUGUGGACGUAGAUUACUGGAGUAGCCCAAGUAACGCAGUAAAGCCGUAAGGGGGGGUUCUGAAAAAGCAGUCCUCCCAGCAGUCGUACUCUGCUUAAUGCUCAACGCUCAAAGCUCUAGGGUGGAGGAGCUUGUGACAGCUGGGUUUACCCAGACCCAGGCCAACAGUUGCUUUCCUUGCUGCAGUUGCUGCAGCACAGUGCGUCUUCAUGCACCAUCAGCAACUGAAGGGUUCUGUCUGUCUGUCUGUCUGUCUGUCUGUCUGUAUGUCUGUCUGUCUCUCUGUCUGUGUGUGUGUUCACUCCUCCGAGCUGGUGCCACUGGGCCUGAGUGUUAUCCUGCAGUACUGUAGCUAAGGUUCUCUGCCGAACGCCUUUUUUGUUUGUUUAUUUUCAGUUUUUUUUGCAUUAGCCGAGUUCCUGACAGAGUAACCUGUCCACUAACAGCCUAAGUAUAAAAGUUCUAAGUGUUUGCUUGGUCUAUUUUGAUUUCCUCCAUGCUAUUCAAUAUCCUGCUUUAUUUAUUCCACCAUGUAUGAUGUAGUUAUCUUUUUUCCUCUCUCCUUAAGGCAAUGCAAUGUGUCUCACAUCUAGAUGUGUCAGCAUUUUUCCCCCCUGUUGUUAUUGUUAUGUAAACCAUUGCUGUGAUCUUUCUGUAUCGGUUUUUAGCUAUCUUCAGUGAAGGUUUUUUUGUUUGUUUGUUUUUAUUUUUGUUUUUUAAUGGGUGGGAUGGACGUGGGGAUGUCUGAAAUAAUUGUUGCCACAUGUUCCUGAUUAAGCUACACUAAUAACGAGACUGACUGUGCAUAGCUCUAUUUUUAAGUAAGUUUAAAGAAAAAAAAAGAAGAAAAAAAAAGAAUCGCACAUGUAGAUUUGAUUUAUAGCCGUGAUUUUUAAGUAUGUUGACCGUGCAAGAUCCAUGCAGUGCUACACACCUCAGGCCAGUGUGUCAAGCCCCCAUCUCAUUGGCUUCGACGUGCGUGUAGAGCUUCAACAACUGUGUGACUCCAGUGAGCUGCCACCCUGCAGUACAAUGCCAACGCUAUGUUUUUGAUUUUUUUUUUUUGUCCACUUGCGAAAGAAGAUUGAUUUUCAUUUUAAGUCGUGUCACCACCAUAAGGGAACGGGGAGGGUAAAGGAAAGCAUUAGUUUUGUCUCCCACAUCAAUGUGAAUUCUUUUGACGUGAAAAAAAGCUGUGUUGUCGCGUGCUAGAUAGUGUCAGUGAAACCGUUAGAGAAGGCUUUCGUGACCACCAAGGCUCUCUUAGCUGGAUUAGCUGGUAUCUUGCCACACUUGUCCCCAACCGCUUUUUAAAGUGAGUGAGCGUGCAGUGACCAUCACAGCUCUCUCAUAUAGACUCAAUCUGUAGGUUUCCUGGGUAAAAAAAAAAGAAAACAUCAGUGGUGUUUUUUUUAAGUGUGUUGCCUGUUCUUGUAGCCGCGUAGAAAGACGUGUCCACGACAAAAAUCACUGUCCGAGAUGAGCUGAAACGUGCUCUUUGCUUGUAGCUGGUUUUCAUGUGGUUGUUAUAAUUGGAGUCCGACUUCAGAACCGAGUUGAUGCAUGAUCAGUGUAUAAAUUUGUGGAGCUACAUGUAGAAGAUGUGCUUUUUUUGCAUGAUGGGUUUUUGAAAGGUUUGCCACACAACCAUGACAUUGGAAUGAGGCCAGAAAUUUAAAAAGGUAAUUGUUUUCCAAAUUGAAUUAUGGGUCAAGUAGAUAAUAGCACUAUGAGGAAAAAGUCCACAAGAACCAUACUGUGAGAAAGUGAAUAUUUUUUUUGUUUUUCAUGUGGUAGAACCUAAUAUCUAAUUUGCGUAAUACUAAAACUGGAAAUAGAUCUUGUCAUUGGUGGAAAUGUGGUGGAAAUUGGUCUAAAAUCUGCAAGUUUGGUGUUGUAAGCUGCUUGGUUGGUUGGGUAUCUAUCUAAAAGACAAACUGGGUAAUUGUACAGAGAUGAAAACAAAUUUGUAUAAAAGACAAAUUAUUUAGAUAUUUUUGUACUUCAUCAGAUCUCUACAUGCAUGUCAGCAAUAAACUUUGAUAUGGAA